AUGUUCAUACAGCCCUCUGCCUAUGUCUGCUAUGCAGAUCACGGCUGCGCCGUAUACUCGGAGCCUCUCUAUUUCGGGAAGAAUAUUGAGCAUGCUCGAUUCCUAGGAGAAUUUCUUACCGGUUUCAUAGCAAAUCCAGGACUCCGUGGAAGGGAUCCGACCGUUGACCAAGUAGACGGAGUACAAGUUUACCACGCAGGGAAAUUAUGGACUGAACUACCUAACGGUCGGCUUUGUUACCGACCUUGUCUUGUCGGGAGGAAUGUCCGAGUCGCCCUGGUGGAGGAACAAGCUGCCAAAUUUCCCAUGAUGAUGGUUAUGAAAAGCACCUGGGAAGAGAAACUUCCUCUAGGAUCAUCGCCGCCGUCGGAGGUGGAGGUUCUCCAAGUUCUUCUUAACGCACACGUCAGGGGUCUUCCGCAGCCCUAUGACUUGGAGAGUGCGAUAGUGAGAGACGACCGCAACUUGGAGGUAGAAACACGCCCCUUCCCUGAAAAUUGUGGGGUUGCAUUCACGGCAUCAACUACGAACUUCAUGGCCAAGAUGCAGUCAAGCUUCGUUUCCAGUCACACCUCGAAGCCCUUGGCUCCCGGUGCGAAUGUGGACGAUCCUUACUUGGGCCGAGUCAGAACUCGGAGACAACAAUUCAACGAACCUCUCGAGGUCCGCAGGCGUCUAACCCGAGUGUUGAUGUCGUACUGUACGCCGUUGAAGGAAGCCAUGCGAUAUGGCGGCCCCGAAUCGCUCAUCCAUAUCAUACGUGACGCCCUGAUCGUAUAUUAUGAGGUGUACAAACUUCCGAAGUCUGGGUUCCUCCAUGGCGACAUCUCUCUCGAGAACAUCGUGGUUCCUAUGGAAACUAGUGUUCUCACCGGUGGCCUUACGAGCGGCACUCCUGCUUUCAUGGCACCAGUUCUCCUUGAAGACGAGCAAAUCCCUCGACGAACGUUGGGUCAUGAUAUGGAAUCAUUCUUCGCAGUCAUCAUCUGGAUGGCCACACUCAAUCCUUUCAACGAAUCCGCCUUUCUGGCCAAGCCUCUCGCUAUUAUGAUGCUCGACAGGAAGAGGGCUGCGAUCGAGAUUGUAACUGCUAAGGAGAAUUGGCUCAAUAACCCGCAAGGAUUCAAGAAGUGGAUGAUUAAGUGCUUUGAGCGCCCAUAUCUCGAAGAUAAACGGUUUCUCAAUUGCGUGCUUAAGCUGCGUGAAAUCUUAUACUCAGAUAAAUCGUCUGACAUGAACGCAUUCGUGACUGAGUUGCUUGGCGAAAAUGACGACAACGAAAAGAUGGAAGAUGCUGAUCCGAUGAAGGAGGGCCUGUUCUGGGAGUGCAUGAAGGAGAUGGAUGACUAUCUCCACGAGUCAAAGGGCUGUGCCGAGAUGCAGCGGAUCGAUUCUCAGGCUCGAGCGCGAGAUACUCCGGAGAGUCUUGAGCAGGAGAGAUAG